AUGUCUUUGUUCUCUGCUCCGGUCUUCCUGCUGGUUUUGGCGCUAAGUUCACGUGCUGAAGCAGGAAAAUGUCCCAGGGUGUGCAGCUGUGACGACGCCAAACUCACGGUCACCUGCGUCGGCAAGAACCUAACGGCGGUUCCUCCGACUGUAGAUGAGAUUACAGUGAAACUGGACCUGAGGAAUAACGACCUGCAGGUGCUGCCCAGGGGAGCGUUUGUGCUCACGCCCUACCUCACCCACCUCAACCUGCAGCGCUGCAACAUCGUCAAGGUGAAGGAGGGCGCUUUCCGGACCCUGGGCCGCGUGGUCUCCCUAAACCUGGCCUACAAUAACAUCGACAUCCUUUACCAGGAGUCCUUUGACGGCCUCUCCUCCCUGAAGGAGCUGCAUCUGGACCAUAACCGUGUGGAGGAGAUCCAGCCUGGAGCCUUCACGCAGCUCGGCUUCCUCAACAUGCUCGCCCUCACCCACAACCAGCUGGUCUACAUCCCCAACAUGGCGUUCCAGGGCCUGCACAACAUCAAGUGGCUUCGUCUUAGCCACAACUCCCUGAACAACUUGGCCCCUGAGGCGUUCGCUGGCCUGUUCACCCUCAGCCGCCUCAGCCUGGACCACAAUGAGCUGCAGUUCUUCCCCACUCAGACCAUGACCAGACUCAGUGAAGUUACGCGCCUGGACAUGAGCCACAACCCCAUGACCUACCUCGGGGAGGAGUCCGUCUCCAUGGCCAAGCUUACACGCCUCUACCUGGACCACAUGUCCCUUCAGGACCUGUCAGACCACGCUUUGUCCCGCGCCCCCCUCCUCUCCCACUUGGACGUCAGCCACAAUCAGCUUCGUUACCUGGAGCCCCUCUCAGGCCCCAAGGAGCUGGACAGCCUCAAUCUGACAGGCAACCCCAUCUACUGUAACUGCUACAUGCGGCCCCUGAGAGAGUGGGCGAGCGCCGGCGGCGUGAAGCUGCUGGGAGCCUGUGUUGGACCUCCUCACCUCUCAGAGGAGCCGCUGCAGGCGGUGGCUCCUCUGGAUCUGCGCUGCCGCGGCCGGGGAGAGACGCUGAAGGACGAGUUCGAGGAGGACAAUGACAGCACAGGAAGCCCCCCCCCCACAGCCAAGCCCAAGCAGAGAGUCAAGUGUCCAGUUAACUGUGACUGUGAUAUUGAAGCCCAGCAUGCCACAUGUGAGGGUCAGGGUCACACCAAAGUCCCACGAGGCUUCCCCACGAAGACGCAGCUGCUGGACCUCCGCAGCAACCACUUCCACUACCUUCCUGCCAACGGCUUCCCAGGCAGCGGUCAGGUCGUCUCCCUUCACCUGGAGCUCUGCAAAAUCCACGAAAUCGAAGGAGGCGCCUUUCGGGGGAUGAAAAACUUGCUUUAUCUGUAUCUUUCUGACAAUGACCUCACAGUCUUGGAUCCUGGAGCCUUUGCAGGAGCCCCCAAGCUCACCUACCUUCACCUGGAGGGGAACCGGCUGGCACAGUUCCCUGGAUCAGCUUUGGGAGUCUUACCAAGUCUGUUUGUGUUACACCUGGAACGAAAUGCCAUCUCCAAACUAGAGCCCGCUGGUUUGCUGUCCUCAGUAACCCCUAAACUAAGGGAGCUUUAUUUGACCAAUAACACCAUUACUGCUAUUGCCAAGGGUGCUCUGGACUCAGCGUUCCUAGGUACGCUUCACCUGGAUGCAAAUCAGCUGACAGAGGUGCCGACCCACGCUCUGUCCGAGGCCCCUAAUCUGGAGGAACUCAACCUAUCUCACAACUCAAUUCGCUGGGUGGGACCGAACGCAUUCCAGCCUGUGUCCCAAUGUCUGAAGAGGCUUUACAUGGAUCGGAUGGGCAUGGAGAAGAUGUCCAGGGACGCUCUGGCGGGGCUGGGCCCGGGGCUGAGGGCUCUGACUGUGAGAGGAAACCAGCUGGAGGAACUUCCUGAGCUGAGCCCACUCACAGGCCUGGAGGUGGUCGACCUGCAGGACAACCCUCUGCUGUGUGACUGUGCUCUGCUGCCCCUACGCAGGUGGAUGGAGAAUGUGAGUUUGGAGGUGAUUGCCACCUGUGGUCACCCACCGGAGCUCAGGGGUCAAAAGGUCACUGACGUCCAGGUCUUCACAUCGUGCCCACAAAGUGGCUCUCCUCCAGGUCAGGAAGCUGUUGUGGACCCCAGACCUCCAAAACUGAAGAAACCCAAACCCAGCCUCUCGAAAGCCCCAGGAGUCAAAGCGCGGCCUGCAAAGCCCAAAACUAAACAACCCAAACCAACCAAGAACCAGCCUCAGAGGAAACCUGUGGUACCAAAAGUGGCAAAGAACAAGAAAACACUGUAAUAAGUGAAUAUAACAAAUUGAACUUAACCUGUUUCCAGCUUUUUUGCAGUUAGCCUGAUCAUGUUGAUGAGAUUGUUAUUGUAGCUAAGUGUGAAGACACUUUUUUGUUUUUAUUUACAGCUCUUCAGAUUGCAAAGAUGUGUGGAAUUUACAUGCACUCUUUGCUAUCUGUGUCUAAUAAACACAACAAAGCAAAAACAAAGGGGAAAGAAAA